AUGUGGGAUUCCCUAAUCGUAAGCAUCAACGAUACGCAUAAGCUAGGUCUGGAGGAUUGUUUGGCCGUUUUUGGCCACGUCCCAAUCACCAAGGCCGUCAAGCACGUCAGACUCACGGAAAUCGAUGCACAGACGUCCACGUUUACGCUCAAGUUUCUUCACACGCAAACGGGUCAGACCAUCGAGAAGAUCAUCUGCUUCAUCGACAACGACUGCGGUAACGAUACUCGUACUGCUACCGGAAUCAAGCAGAUCUUCGACAGGAUGUUCCGCAUCGCUGCAGAGAAAAGGAAGCUCUCCCCUAUCCAGAUCGAUACCGUUGAGUAUCCCUGUACUGUGGUUGACUUGUUGAUCUUGGUGGGCGUAGCACUACCGGCAUUGUGCUACCUCUACCGUCCCGCAUUGCACGUUAUCUUCUUUCUGGUUCCGAACCCGGUGGGCGCCACCUUGGAGACAUGGCUGGACAGUGAUCGCGUGCUGCUAAUAAUCAUUGUAGCUGAGUUCUUGACUCAUGCCCUGGAGACGCUCAUUUUCAUCGUCCCCAGGCUCAAGUACUACCGUGUUCCUGGCGAGUUUGUGCCCGAAUGGCUUCUUCUAGGUCUUCUGGAGGGCUACGGUCCUGCCAGGCGUAUAGACGCUAAGGUUCACACUCUUGGCGAAGGGUCUGUUAAUUAG